CAUUAUUUCUCCUGUUUUAGGAUGUUGAAUUUGACAACACACCGGGUGAAAGUCCUUACAUUGGCAAGGCCAGGUACAAAAGGAACAUGUUUGCUAUGGAAGGUUACAUCCCGAGAAAGGCUCAGCAGAUGCAGAUGGGAAACCUGGAGAAGGAGGAACAUCAAGAAGCCCAGCAGCUUAAACAGAAUCUUCUCCAGUCGCUCGAUGAACAGCUUGAGGAGAAAGAGAGGAAGAUUAAAGAAGCCCAGGAAGAAUUGGCCACGUUGCACAACAAAGUCGCCAAGGCAGAGCAACAGGUCUUAAAAGUCACCGAGGAGCUUAAACAAAUCGAGGAUGCAGUCUCCCAGAAAAAGGUAUCUGAAGUAGAAAAGGACUGUUUUCGGCAGCAGCUGAGCAACAAGAUACGAUUCGUUCAUCAGUUACAAGAGGAGGCUCUGGAACUAGAGAGACAGAUGCAGAAACAACGGCAAGAAAUGGCAGAAAAGGAAAAGGAAGUAGAAGGCUUGCAAAGUUUCCUGGAUUCUCUGGAUCCUAAAGAUCCCAGACAUGUAAGUGUGGACAUAUCUUCCCAUUUUAAAACGGGUUGCUUUCUUUUUUAACU